UUCGUUCGGUCUUCCCGCCCAUGAACGAAACGUUGCGGAUACCGAUCCGUCUCGCUAACAAACGAGCAUUUGUCUGGGAUGUUGACGGUAUAUCUCCAGUGCGAUCAUAGAGUACUGCAGUACUGCAACUUAUUUCAUCUUUUUCAGAUAUCAUGAAACUUCGUUCUAUCCACCGUAUAUGUGGUAUACUCGGCGGAACGCUGCCUCAUCUGUCGCAGCAAAACGUUUUUCUUGGAAUCCCAUUGCUGCUUUCCCCAGAAGAAGUCGUUCUCUUGGUUGAAAAGGAGAUUGCUGUUCUAGUGGAUGAUCCAAGCGCCUAUCCACAACCUUCAACGCUCCAAUUUCAGCAAUGGUUAAAGGAACAACAAGAUCAUCUUAAACAACAAAUAGCAGUUGAAGUCAAAAACACCAAAGACAAUGGGUCUCAGGAUCACGCCAUGUCUGAUGAAGCCGUCAGAAAACGCAAAGAACGAGAACUGAAACGACAGCAGAAAGCUGCAGAGAUGCAACAGCAACAGGGUGACACACAAGUGCAAUCGAUCGCAUUCAUUUCCGCUGAAGAAGACUUACAACCUCAGUCCCAGUCCACUGCUACUUCGACGACUGUGCUCAUUCCUACUGCCUCGUCCUCUUUACCGUGGCACUUACCUCAAAACCAUACCUACGAUUCUGUUGAAUCUGCCAAGGCAGCUGGCAUCUGGAAUUUCCCGUCUGACCUGCAUGACUCAGCUCGUUAUCGGGUGUUCAAGGACCUUUGGGAACAAGGGUAUUUUCUGGGAGGGGGCAUUAAAUUUGGUGGAGAUUAUUUAGUAUAUCCUGGGGAUCCAUUACGCUAUCACUCUCAUUUUGCUGCGACAGUAAUCGAAUCCCCUACUGCGGUAUUACGUCCAAUGGAAAUCGUAGCUCAUGGGCGACUGGGUACGGCUACAAAAAAGACACAUCUAUUAUGUUGUUGGGAUGACGCUAAGAAGCGCGUCAGGUAUAUCUCGAUCGAAUGGGCUGGGUUCGGUUAGUCGUCAGCAAUAUGAUACAUGUCCAUGAAGUAGCUACUGCAGCUGCUAAAGUACUAAAUAGUCAACGGCUUUAUUUUUGUUGAUGAACCAAUGACGUACCGAGACGCGUC